AUGGCUGUCGAAGAAGAAGCAAUUGCUCCUCACAACCCGCUGCAGGAGGAGGAUGAGGCUAUGCGAGCCUUUGCGGGAGCGCCAGGUGGGGUCCAAGACAUCGACAAAGAGACCAAUGCACGGCUGUUGAAAAUAAUCGAUCGCAAUCUACUUCCACUACUAUGUACUAUCUAUGGGCUUAAUUUUCUAGACAAAACCACGCUCUCCUACGCAAGUGUUAUGGGCCUUCAAUCCGACAUAGGACUAACUGGCGAUCAAUAUCAAUGGUUGGGAAGUAUCUUCUACUUCGGAUAUCUGGCGGUAGAAUACCCUAGUAGCCGACUGCUGCAACACUAUCCCCUCGCGAAGUAUUCCUCACUCAACAUCAUUCUCUGGGGGGCGACAUUGGCCUGUUUCGCGGCCGUGACGGACUUCCGAGGAGCGGCCGUUGUGCGCUUCUUCCUCGGAGUCUUCGAAGCGGUCGUAACACCUGGAUUUGCGCUCUUCACAUCCCAAUGGUACACAAAGCAUGAGCAAGGAUCUCGCACGGGGAUAUGGUUCGGUUUCAACGGCGUAGCGAUGAUUGUCGGUGGCGUACUAGCCUACGGUAUCGCCAAAGGCACCGAAGGUCGAGAUACGGCCAUUGAGCCGUGGCGAAUCUUGUUCCUGGUCACAGGCUGCUUCACCGUGGUGAUUGGACUUGUGUUCCUAUACUACAUGCCGGACAACCAGUGGAACGUUCGCUUUCUGAAACCCGAGGAUCGGAUUCUUGCCGUCCAGCGUAUCCGCCAGAACCAACAAGGAAUUGGUAACAAGCAUUUCAAGAUGUCUCAAUUCAAAGAAGCUCUUCUUGACCCCAUGACAUGGGCAUUUGCAUUCUUUGCCUGCGCGGGCAAUAUUCCCAACGGUGGAAUUACCAACUUCUUCUCUCAAAUUAUCAAGAAUUCGGGAUAUACGGCAGCCGAGUCGCUUCUAUACAGUGCCCCUGGAGGCGCAAUCCAAGCCAUCAGCUUGAUCGUUAGCGGUAUUCUCAGUGAUAAAUAUCAUCAGCGAAUCUACGUGAGCUGUGUUGGAUUGGCGAUCGGACUACUGGGCGCUGUUCUUCUUGCAGCUUUACCUCUGUCCAAUAGCCUCGGGAGAUUGAUCGCAUUCUACCUCACACAAGCAAGUCCGACCGCAUUCGUUGCUUUGCUGUCAUUCAUUUCGACCAAUGUAGCAGGGUCAACCAAGAAGACUACAGUUGCAGCUAUCUACAUGAUAGGGUACUGCGUGGGCAAUAUUCUCGGGCCUCAAACAUUCCGCCCGAAGGAUGCGCCCCGGUACAUUCCUGCUGAAAUCACAAUCUGCUGCUGCUGGGCCGCAUGUCUAAUCGAUAUGUUGGUGAUUCGCUAUUGGUACAGGGUCCGGAAUGCGCAGAAGGAAAGGAUACGUUUGGAUCCGGAUUACCAAGAGGUGCCUUUGUCAGAGUUCAAGGAUUUGACGGACUUGGAGAAUCCGGAGUUAAUCUAUGUACUGUGA